AUGUCCAUCAGGCCGCUCCCAGAGGAUGUCGUUGGCAAAAUCAGAUCCUCGUCGACCAUCACAUCGCUGAACGGCGUUGUCUGCGGCCUGCUGAAGAAUUCGCUUGACGCUGGCGCCACCAAAGUCAACGUCUAUGUCGAGUAUGGCCGGGGGAACUGUACCGUAGAAGACAAUGGACCGGGCAUUGUUCCCGGGGACUUUGCAGAGGAUGGAGGGCUUGGAAAGCCUUAUUACUCUUCCAAGUUUCCAGCCCAGCAAGGACUGCAUGGCAGGCAGGGAACGUUUUUGGCUUCUUUGGGCACCUUGUCUCUACUUACGGUGACAUCUCACCACCAACGCCACAACUCUCACAACUCCCUGUCGAUUCACCACGGCAAACUCUUAAAGAGACAGACACAAUCCUUUUCUGGAGAGAGAUUCGAUGUAUUUGACCAUGGCACGCGAGUUGCGGUUAAUGACUUAUUUGGCUCGCUUCCUGUUCGCGUUAAACAUCGUGCCACUCUAUUUGCCGAUCGACCUGGGCGUGACAAGGAAUGGGCACGACUAAUUCAUGAUGUGGUCGGGCUACUUGUGGCGUGGUCUUCCGGGGUUACUGUGUUCUUGUGUGAUAUCAAGGGACAGCGCGAGCUGCGUCUAAAGCCACCAGAAAAUGCGAGUAUGGUUCCCAGAGCAUUACGCUACUUUGUACAAGCCUCCCUGGCAGAUUCUGGUGAAAUGGACUCGUGGGUUCCAGUAUCAGCGACUGCCGGCCAUGUUGCUAUCAAGGGCUGCAUCUCUCUGACUCCGGUGGCAACCCGCCGAUCCCAGUUUAUGAGCAUAGGCAUAUUACCCAUCUCAAACGAGUAUGGCAACAAUGUUCUCUAUGAGGAAGUAAACAAAAUGUUCAAAAAUUCAGACUUUGGGAUAGAUGAGGGCAAAAUAGGAGAGACAGGUGACCGUGCUGGUCCGAUUUCUCAGAAGAAGGGCAAGGGAGCAGACCGAUGGCCCAUCUUUUACCUGCGAAUCACGCUCAAAGGGAGUGAAGAUAGCUUUGACAUGGACGAUAUCUCUAGCCACUCGCAUGGUGACCUUCAAAAGAUUAUCGACUUGCUGAGAGCUAUGACUUAUAGCUUUCUGAAGAAAAAUCACAUGCGCCCACAAAAGGUUCAGCUAUCUUCAGACAAGUCUGUGUUUUCGACAGCGCCACAUCGCAGCACCAAAGCGUCAAAAGGACACAUGCCUCCACCAACACAGGCUUCAAUACCUCCAUCUUCACAAGCCUUACUGUCAGAUUCCUCCUCAUCCCUGUCAGACAGCCCUUUUGACGGCUGGAAUAGGAUGAAGGUUGGCCUAAGAACGGAAACUAAGUCGGCAGAGAAGCUGUCGCGGCGUGAACCUACUCUAGCCCCUUCAGAUACUAUUGCAGCAGAGAGACUUGUUGGAGAAGGUGGGAAGCUGCUCCGAAAGCCCUUUAGUAUCCCAGAUUCGUCUGAUCCUGAAGCAGAGAGCAUAAAUUCUAGUGAAACUGGUGCUGGGAACGUUUGCGGGAAGGGCUCUCUUUCGCUUGCUGAGCGUCCUAAGAGAACAGCAGAACCCUCAUUGAGUGAAGCGACUAAACGGCUAAAGGUGGGUGAUCCAGAAGCCGUGAUUGGGGGUUUAAAAAAGACAACAGAGACCAAUGAGAGAGAAGAGCCAAGCGAAUGGCUGCAAGAAGUUCUCAAGUCGUGGCGCAAUCCGGUCUUUGAGCCCACCGAGUCGCUUAUACCGCGUAUCAACGAUGAAGCGCCAGCACCUAUGCGCGAGACAAUGCUAGUUCAUGGCUCACAUCGAUGUCGAAACGAUGGCAAUGGAGGAGUCAAAUUCGAAGCUGCAUCCAUAGGCAUAGAAGGCCGAGUGUCACGUUCAGCUCUAGAAGGAGCAGAAGUCAUUGCACAAGUCGACAAGAAAUUCAUCAUGCUGAAGCUGCCGCUUCAAGACAUGAAAGAUGCAUCAAAAUCGGGCAGCUCUUGCGCCCUGGUGAUGCUGGAUCAACAUGCCGCCGAUGAGAGAUGCCGUCUAGAGGAUCUCUUGACGGAGUAUUUCAAGGAUGAUCCCUCCAGCGGGAUCUUCAGAGCAGUCGUCGAGUCUCUGGAGCGACCAUUGAUAUUUGAAACUUCGGAGCGCGAAUACGGGUUGCUACAGCGAUAUCAGGGGCACCUCGAGGCAUGGGGCAUUAUGUAUAGGACUACUCAACAAGCGGCGGGAUAUACGAUUACGGUGACGGCUCUGCCUCCGAGUAUUUUGGAACGCUGUCGUGGCGAGCCGCGGCUUUUGGUGGAUUUGAUACGUAAAGAGAUAUGGAAGCUUCACGACGAGGGCAUCAUUCCCCCACGGCCGCGCAGUGCUGGGAAAGGCACACAGAAUCAAAUUUCAAUGGCAGAUUUUCAUGGUUGUCCGAGGGGGAUCCUCGAGUUGUUGCAUUCGAGGGCCUGUCGAAGCGCUAUCAUGUUCAAUGAUGUUUUAUCGGCUGGAGAGUGCGAGUAUCUUGUGCGAAAGCUUGCGCGAUGCGCGUUCCCUUUCCAAUGCGCGCAUGGACGACCGAGUUUGGUGCCAUUGGUGGAUUUGGGAUCGGCGUGUCGUAUUCGGGCGUGGGAUGAGGUUGGAAAUGCUAGGGAAGAUUUGAAAGUGUGGAAGAGAUGGAUUGACGCAUAG